AUGUUUAUAACAGCGUCAACGACGUCGGAAGCCAUCUGGAUCAAGGUGGUCGUGCUCGCUGCCAUCGGCCUUCUUGGUUUUGGCUCUCGUUUAUUCGCUGUCAUUCGCUUUGAAUCCAUCAUGUUUGACGAACGGUCAUGGUAUCCUCUUGGCCGUGUCGUUGGUGGAACUGUCUAUCCGGGAAUUAUGGUCACUGCUGGAAUAAUGCACAAAUUCCUCCACUACAUCAACUUCCCAGUCGACAUUCGAGACAUUUGUGUCUUCUUGGCUCCAGUAUUCUCAGCAUUCACAGCAUACGCCACAUACCUGCUGACUUCAGAACUAAAAGACUCGUCUGCUGGAUUACUGUCAGCCGCCUUUAUAUCGAUUGCUCCGGGUUAUAUAUCUAGAUCGGUAGCUGGAUCAUACGAUAAUGAGGGUAUCGCUAUCUUCUUGUUGAUGAUUACCUUCUACUAUUGGAUCAAGGCUCUCAAACGAGGGUCUGUAUUGGAUGCUGGAAUCGCGGCCUUGUAUUACUUUUACAUGGUUUCAGCUUGGGGUGGAUAUGUAUUCAUCAUCAAUCUGAUUCCAUUACAUGCUUUUGCUCUGAUCUUGAUGGGCAAAUACUCAAACAGGCUAUAUGUCACGUAUUCCACGUUUUAUAUUUUGGGUACCUUGUCGUCUAUGGAGAUUCCAUUCGUUGGCUUCAUGCCUACUCGUACCAGUGAACAUAUGGCUGCUCUUGGCAUCUUUGGCCUGCUGCAAAUAUACGCGUUCUGUGAAUUGAUUAGGAGCCACUUGUCUGAAGGACAAUUCCGAGUCUUAUUCAACACCAUCAUCUCUGGCUUCUUUAUUUUUGGAUUUGUAGGACUAGUUGCAAUGACGUUUGGUGGAUUCAUUGCUCCAUUUACAGGUCGUUUCUAUUCUCUAUGGGACACAGGAUAUGCUAAAAAAUAUAUACCCAUUAUCGCAUCCGUCUCUGAACAUCAACCUACAGCAUGGACAUCCUUCUUCUUUGAUAUGCAGCUACUAGUACCAUUAUUCCCAGCUGGUGUAUACUUUUGCUUUAAAGAAUUGCGAGAUGAGCAUGUAUUUGUCAUCUUGUAUGCUGCCACUGCUUCGUAUUUUGCCGGAGUCAUGGUGAGAUUGAUUCUUACACUGACGCCAUGUGUAUGUGUGGCAUCGGCCAUCGCAUGCUCUCGUAUACUCGAUACAUAUCUAAAAGAAGGUGAAACGCAAUCAACACCGGCAGUAUCCGAUAGCACACCCAGUACUCCCGUCCAACCCGACAAGGACGACAAGAAGGAUCUUGGUAAAGAUAAGAAAAAGAAGAGGAGCGGUGCUAAAAAAGAAGACGAGAAAGCUGGAAUAUGGGCAUUUGAUCUAAAACCAGCGAUCGUAGGAGUCUUUGCUUGGGCAUUUAUAGUAUUUGUGUGGCAUUGUACUUGGGUCACAUCCAAUGCAUAUUCGUCGCCAUCUGUAGUAUUAGCAUCACGUAAUGCGGACGGAUCUCAACAUAUCAUUGAUGAUUUCCGUGAAGCUUAUUACUGGUUGCGUCAAAACACCAAAGAAGACGCCAAAAUCAUGUCAUGGUGGGAUUACGGAUAUCAGAUAGCCGGCUUCUCGAACAGGACCACACUAGUAGACAAUAAUACCUGGAAUAAUACCCAUAUUGCUACAGUUGGUCGAGCCAUGUCAUCAGGAGAAGACGAUGCCUAUGAAAUCAUGCGAAAACAUGAUGUAGAUUACGUAUUAAUCAUCUUUGGUGGAACUCUAGGAUACUCUGGUGACGACAUCAACAAAUUCCUAUGGAUGAUCCGUAUAGCAGAAGGAGUAUGGCCCGAUAAAGUCAGUGAACGAUCCUUCUUUACUGAUCGUGGUGAAUAUCGAGUAGAUGAUGCAGCCACUCCGACAAUGAGGAAUUCACUAAUGUAUAAAAUGUCAUAUUAUCGAUUUGCUGAACUCUUCCCUCCAGGAGCUGCACAAGAUCGUGUGCGAGGAACUGGUAUUCAGAGCAAGCCGAUAAAGCUGCAUGUCGUUGAGGAGGCUUACUCUACUGAGAACUUUAUUGUAAGGAUUUAUGCUGUCAAGCAGCCUGAUAAUAUUGGACGGAGUAUGUCUGCUGCUGCCACAUUUGGCAAGAAACGAAGGAGAAAAGCUACCCCAAAAGCAUCAACACGUAAAGCAACACGAUCGUAA